AUGGAGUUGUGUUCCGAUAGUCUGCGCGACAUUUUGCAAUUCAAACGCCACUUAUUUAACCGCCAAAUGGGACUCCCUUUGCGUGAAUACGAGUACAUUAUUUCGUGCGAAAUGUUUCGCCAGAUCUUAGAAUGUGUUCAGUAUUUGCAUGAAUUGAAUCCACAGAUCAUUCACAGAGACCUCAAACCCGACAAUAUUCUUAUCGCUAGGANAAUCAUUCACAGAGACCUCAAACCCGACAAUAUUCUUAUCGCUAGGAACGUAAGGAAUGGUCGAUUUAUAAAGCUUGGUGAUUUCGGUUUGGCCACCAUACAUGAUAGUAAUAUUCAUGAUACUUCAUAUAUGCAUACUGCCAAAGUGGGAGACUUGAGAUUUAUGGCGCCCGAAAUUAUGCAGGGUACAAAAUAUAAUCACAAAUCGGAUAUUUAUAGCUUGGCACUUAUUGGUAGCGAAAUAUUUGACCUUGAUUUAUCUGGCCAAUUUAAUAGCCUGCAACACUACAUCGGUGACUUAUCUUUGAAUGAGCUUGUGCAUCGCCUACAUUCGUUUUAA